AUGACAUCAAGUGAACCAAGCGAAUUGAGGACAGAAACGACGACGGCAAGAAGGAAUGGAGCAGCAACAUCAUCAUCAGGCACAACACCGUUAUUAGAUCCCGUGAAAUCAGAUGAUUAUCAUCCGUCGAAUAAAAAUGCUCUUAUGAAACUUAAAAGUUAUCUUAUUGCACUAAGAGUAUGGUCAUUGUCAGCGAGCAUCAUUCCGACAAUUUUAGGUGCUGCAAUUUCUUAUCGUACUCAAUCUGCUCAGCAAGAUUUUAGUCUCAUAAUAUUCAUAUUGAAUGUGUUUACAAUCAUCACUGUCCACUGUGCAGGAAAUGUGGUAAAUACGUACUUUGAUUAUGUCAAAGGAAUCGACAAUCGAAAGUCAGAUGAUCGGACACUUGUUGAUCAUCUUUUAACGAUGGACGAGGUCGUGUCAUUAGGCGCUGUAUUAUAUACAUUAGGCUGCAUUGGAUUCGUCCUACUAGCAAUAUUAUCGCCAGCACGAAUGGAACACUUAGCACUCGUUUAUUUCGGUGGAUUGUCAUCAUCAUUUUUAUACACGGGAGGAAUUGGAUUAAAGUACAUUGCAUUAGGAGAUUUGCUGAUUUUAAUCAUAUUCGGACCAAUUUCCGUCAUAUUCUCAUACAUGUCACAGACGGGAAAUAUCAAUUGGGCUUUAAUUUACUAUGCUCUUCCAUUGGCAUUAAAUACGGAGGCAAUUCUUCAUAGCAAUAACACAAGAGACUCGGAAAGUGACCAAAAAGUUGGUAUUGUUACUUUAGCAAUUCUUAUUGGACGAACAGCAUCGCACGUUCUAUACGCUCUACUCUUAUUUAUACCUUACAUUAUAUUUGUUGUGUUGAGUUUUAAGUCAUCAUUAUGGUUCGUAUUGCCACUUGUAACCCUACCUCAUGCGUUUAAAAUUGAGAAACAAUUUAGAAAUGAAAAUACACUUCAAGGCGUUCCUAGACAAACUGCUAAGCUUAAUUUCUUCUUUGGAUUUCUAUACAUUGUAUCGUGCUGUUGUGUACCUCACUUACCAUUAAUUUCUCGAAUUUAAGUGCAGAACAAAAAGAAGUUUUAUACUGAAAAAAGUACAUUAAUUAAAUACAUAUGCGUACUAUCAACUGUCGGAUUGGUAUGCGAACAGAAAAAAAAAGAAAUAUUAAACAAAAAUGCUAAUUUAAUUUGUCAUUAUUUUAAGCAUAAACAAGAAGUGAAAACAGAAGAAGAAAAAUCAGUUUUUAAAAUAAAUCAUAAUGAAGGAAAAUUGUGAUUAACACUCUAGCUGUAAUAUGUGGCUACAAAUCAUCUUUUUUGGGGGCAUU